AUGGCUUGGCCUGGUUACAAUAUCACAAGGCAGAAACUGGGAGCUGUCCUGACUGCCCCUCCAGAUUCAAAGACUAGCAGGCUCCUCCAAUACCAUAACCUAUCCGUCAACGAAGAGCUCAGGAAAGCUUCCAGGCCUUUAAUCGUCGUAUCCUACAGCGAUAUAUUCAAGGCUAGCUCACAUGAGGUCCAAGCUCCGUACUUUUGCGGCUGUUGUCGGGCUGUUUUGGAGACUGUUCAUUGUUCCACAUAUCGAGGGGCGCCAGAACACGUGUUACCGUUUGAAUUAACGAUCCUUGGGGCUGGCUUCACUACUGGGGCGUUUCUGGUUGGGCUAAUUUUGGAGCAGUCCUAUCCCGAAAAGCAGUCGAAGAGAAGCUCGAUCCAACCGGGAACGAAGUUUAACGAGAGCAAGCUGACCGCGGCGUUCUGGCGAGUAGCAGGUUUAAAAUCAAUUCGGGAUGACCGAAUCGCGUGCGACGAAAGUCUAAAGGAUGCUGGCAUACCAAUGAGAAUAGACGUGUAUCUUGGGAGUGCUCGUUCGAUUUGGCCUUUCUCCCCCUACCUUUCAAUGUCGAAGGCAACAGUCGACAUUGGCUUGGAUGCUGAACGCGAAGGUGGAUUGGGAGGAGGUUCUGAAGAAGAUGUAGAUUCCCAUCAUGCAGACAGCGAUGGUGGAGAUGUGGCGGAUCAUCAGGAUGCAGGCCAUGCGAAUUCCGAGGCCUGUGCAGCGACAUGUGACUUUGACGGCAUAAGUCUUGGCGCAAUAAAGCCACCACUGGGCCCCCACUGGCUGAUGCCGAAUUCUCCUCGAGCCAUGUCAUUUUCUAAUUUCUCAAAACUUGGAAGUCGUACCUGGGCGAAUCAGCUGAGACGUGAAACGCGUCGAGUUCCUUGCACUUACCCGCCAUAUUGCAUGAUUAGAUGGACUGACCUCCAAGCACCUGUUCACUUACACAGCCAGCAACCAACGGUCCUUUGA